ACAUAGCUCAACAUCCGUUAAUUUUCAAAAGAAAAAGCGUACACGCCGCCGUCAAGAUCGUGAUUUUCUCUAAUUUUCUGACAUCGCUGAGUGAUUUUGGUGGAGAUUUUGUUGUUCCAUCGGACGAGUAUUCCAGUAAGGAUAGAGUGUAACGCCAUGGCGCCUAAUAAUAUUUACUACUCGGAUAAAUACUACGACGACAAAUAUGAGUACAGGCAUGUUGUCCUCCCAAAAGAGUUGGUCAAAUUGGUGCCAAGGACCCACCUUAUGUCUGAAAAUGAGUGGAGAGCCAUUGGAGUGCAGCAGAGUCAGGGAUGGGUGCACUACAUGACUCAUCAGCCUGAACCACAUAUUCUAUUGUUCAAACGAAAAAUAACAUCGCCACCACCAGAGCAGUAAUUGUUUCACAGAAGCUGUGCCGAGCUGUGCUCGAUGCAUGGGAUUGGGAUCAUUGUUGAUUUCAAGAAGAGCUCUUCUCUGAUGAAUGACAAUAGUAAAAAGCUAAUGGGACUAAAGACAAGAUGUACGUGCAUACCAAACAAUUGUGGCUGCAGAAAUAACUAGAUGUACGACACAGCUCUUCUUUACCCUUCUAAUUUACUUCGAAUCGGUCAUUGGUAUGGUGCCGUAAGAAGUAGCUUGUAUAUAUGUCUAUAGUGUGUUCUAGUUCUUAAUUCCACGUUCAGUAAAAACGUUAAACCCAUACAAAGGCUAAAUAACAUGCACAACCUACUGCUCGGUCUCAUCGAUCUGAUUUAUUUCUGAAGAUGGAAGUAAUAUUAAUCUUGUUUAUGGAAUGAGGCGUGCUCGUAUGCAGAACUUUAAAGAAACGGUUACACUCCUUGAGUUACCGUGAUUCAAUGUUAAUUCUCCGAUACAAGAUAAUGAAUGGUUUUCACUACACAAGAUUUUGUGAUUUCAAGUGCCUUAUUAUUGUAAAUCAAUCGUUAUCGUGCUUACAUUAGGUUAAUUUUUUUAUUUUUAACAUAACUAAACUUAUUAUUCAUAUCUAUCUUGGUAAUGCUACUAGACUAAUAGUAAAUCAUAUGUACCUAACUUCGGAAAUAUUAGAUUAGCAUAUCCUCGUCUCUGAAAUGCGGUAAAGAUUUCACUCUAUUGUUGAAGCCACUCUGACAAAGAAAUUCGACUGACUUCUCCAUUCAGGUUGAAAGAAAUUACCUCGAUAAUAAUGAAUUUCACACUACUGAAAAUUAACCAAUUUUUAGUUCGUUAAUCAAUUUUCUAGUGGCGAAAUGCUCUUGAUUUUCCAAUGUCACUUCGGUGGUUGAUUAAUUUUUUUAUACCGCUGUUGGUUUUUUUUCCUCUUAAUUUAACCUGUAUUUUUUCCAAUCAAGAAAGUGUAUGUAUAGUUCACCUUUAAAUAAAUUUGUAAUUUUUUAAAAAUUGA